AUGGCGAGGACAAGAACGGAUGAUCCGGAAGAUUCUACCUCCGUACGGUUGGAUAGAAUGGAAAGGAUGAUUAUGGAGAUGGCAGAAACCUUGAGGCAACAACAGCAGCAGCAACAACCACCACCACCAGUACCUGUGCCACCACUAGAGGUACAAGAUUACCAAGCUAAGGAUCGAACAAUUACGCUCACGAAGGAAUUCAAAAAGAUGAAGCCACCCUCGUUCAAGGGGGGAAUUGAACCAAUGAAAGUAGAAGCAUGGGUGUUGGGUAUAGAAAAGUUAUUUGAGGUUUUUCCUUAUACUGAAGCCCAAAAGGUACAACUUGUUGCCUUCACUCUUGAAGAUGAAGCACGGAGCUGGUGGAUGCUCAUAAGAACUGCACAUCAAGGGUUAACAUGGGCUAGAUUUUUGGAGCUGUUCUAUGAAAAGUAUUUUCCCCAAUGUAUGCGAGAUAAGAAAGUGACCGAGUUUGAGACCUUGAGACAAGGGAACAAGAUUGUUGCAGAGUAUGAGGUGCAAUUUGCUGAAUUAGCCCGUUUCACACCACAUAUGGUGGAUACGGACUACAAGGAGGCAAGAAAGUUUGAAGGUGGAUUACGGACUGUUAUUCUCGACCGGAUCAAUGUGCUGAAAUUACCUACAUAUGUUGAUGUGUUGGAAAGGGCAGUAAUCGCUGAGGGUAAUAUUGCUGCUCAAAGCCGGGUCUCAGAAUGGAAAGGGAAGAGACAGAAUACCCAAGCCUUAAGGGGUUCGGUGACACCACUGAGUAAGAAAUUGAAUUCGGGAACCUCUAGUACAUCCGCCUCUACCCGUGGAUUUGCACUAAUUUGUCCGGAUUGUGGAAAGAGACACCGUGGGAUUUGUUAUCGAGUAACAGCGACAUGCUUCUAG